AUGUUCCACACAUUCGAAAGCGUGGAGAAGUCUGAUUCAGGAACACCUGAGGGGGCUCGCAAGCGUGCCAAGCAUCGCGAGGGACAACCGCGAGCAAUUACAAACGCAUGCACCUCGUGCCGGACUCGGAAGAUCAAAUGUGACGGCGAGCAGCCGUGCGAGUCCUGUCGGUGGUAUAAUAGGCCUGAUCAAUGCCAGUAUUCAGAGCCGCGGGCGCCGCAUAAGUCAACUAGCCAUCCUUCUAUAGCCCAAUAUAAGAGCAUCCUGCGCAAGAUCUUUCCCAAUGUGGCACCGGAAAAUAUUGUCAACUUGCCACGAGAACGACUACCGAGUCUCAUGGACCGCAACCUCUUGCAAGCGGCGCUCAAUUUGACGACACAGUCCCAGGCUUCACCCCCUGCCUCGGUCUCGGAUGCCACAUACAGUGAUCCGCCGUCGAAUGAAGUUGAGAAUCUGGAGUCACUCCAGGCCAUGCCGGAAGAGUUUCCUGAUAACAAUCCGGCGGGCUCCACGGCGUCUCUUAUGGGAGCCUUUUCGGACGAGGUUAACGCUUUAUCACUCCUAGUUCGACAACCUUCGUCCUAUCUUGGAGUUUCUUCUGUACAGGCUGUGCUAAAGGUUAUCACUUGGCUUGACCCCCAAUGUGCUUUCCACUUUGCUCACACGCCAUCCACUGAGAGGUAUGAGCGGCCUUCAGACUGGAUCCAUCACAUGCCGCUUCCACCACAUCCACCGCCAUCACUCUCGGAGCUUGAGAUGCUCGAUGCUUAUUUCCUAUACUUUCAUCCAUUUGCACCAAUGUUAGACGAGCACAGCUUUCGCGAAACAUACCGAGCCGGCCAUAGAAAGGAUGAUCACUGGCUGGCGCUGCUGAAUAUUGUCCUUGCUCUCGGAUGCAUUGCAGCCACCUCUGCGAGUGAUCAGUCCCACCAGUCCUAUUUCUACCGGUCUAUGAGCCACCUCAGCCUCAGGUCCCUGGGUACUUCAAAUCUCGAAAGUAUCCAGGCUCUAGGACUUAUCGGUGGCUGGUAUUGUCACUAUAUAAGCCAACCUAACAUGGCAUACUCCUUGAUGGGCGCUGCUCUACGGAUGGCAGUAUCUCUUGGACUACACAGAGAGCACCCUAAUAGACGCCAGCCGACGAACGAUUCUGCAAGAGCCCAGACAACCGACUCCAACAAGGCGUCUUUAACGGAUCUAAAACGUCGUAUCUGGUGGUCUCUUUUCUGCCUGGACACUUGGGCUUGUGUGACCCUUGGAAGACCAAGUAUGGGCCGGUCUGGUCCGGCUAUCACUGUGAAGUCGCCCUCCGGCCAAGAUAAGGAAAAUAUUUUGGACAUCCUUCCACUUAUAGAAAACAUCCGCUUUACAAAAAUAGCUACCGAGAUCCAGGAGGCACUGGCUGCUGUGCCACUGGUCAGGUCUCCAGAGAUGUCGCGCGGCGGAGCGCAGCUGCUGCAGUGGUGGGAAAACUUACCCCCAGUGCUGAAGGACCAUGAACCAUGCUCCGAGAAAAUCAGCAUUGUGCGCACAAACAUGCGUUGGCGCUACUUAAAUCAGCUCAUGCUGCUCUACCGUCCAGUACUCCUGAAUUAUGCAAUCCGACGAGCUCCAUAUAUCACAUUGCAAGCUGAGGAGUGUGCGGCUAUUGAGAAAUGUCGAGAAGCCGCCGAGCAGACUAUAGAAAGUAUAGCUGCCACAAACAAGAUGGACCAAUUUAUUUGCUGGAAUGCUGUCUGGAUGAUCUUCCAGGCCACGAUGGUUCCACUAGUUGGCCUGUUCAUCCAUGACUCGACAGCCAGUGAUCCGCGCGCAUCUCUAGAGUCCUGCAAAGCCCAGGUUGAGACCGCCAUGCUCACACUCUCUCGUAUGAAUCCUUUUGCACCCACUGCCAAGCAGUCCCUAAAUGCCAUUUCUCGCAUUUUUGAGGCUAGUAAGCGCCGGACACAGCCCUAUACCCCCGGACAAGUCGAAUCAACCGAUGUCUUGCAAACAUCCGAUUUCGCUCACACUACUGAGUCUGCAGAUAAAGAAGAUGGAUUGAAUUGGCUGAAUAUCAAGAUAGACAAUUUCGAUGCGCAGUAUCCGUGGGAUUAUAUGAGCUGGGGGGAUAUAUGUUCUGGUGAAACUGGAGUCGACGCCCAAUUAGACUUGAUGGCGCCUGCUAUUUCGGAUGAUGAGUUGAAACGAUUAAUGGGCUGA